UUCAACCACCGCUGCAUAUUGGAAUGGUUUGUUCUAGCAGUUCCGAGGACGGCGGCGCCCCCGCGUUGACUUAUGGGAGUAUAGGGUUGGCUGAGAGCUCCUCUUGGAGCCGCGGUUUAUUUUGGGAAGGAAGAAAGAUGGCGGCGCCCGUGAGGCACGGUCUGCUACGGGUGACGAGAGGCUGGCGACGGCUGGAGAGGCUUUGGGCGGGUAGUUUGGGUUCUCGCAGCCUGUCUCUUGAGAGCGCACCCUGCAAGAACAGAUCGCCAUGGCGUUUAUUGGGUGCGUUGUGUCUGCAGCGACCACCGCUUAUCUCCAAGCCUCUGACCCCACUGCAGGAAGAGAUGGCAGCUGUGCUGCAGCAGAUUGAGGUAGAGAAGAGCCAGUAUUCAGACCAUGAACUUCGUGCUCUGGAUGAAGCCCAGAAAAUGGCAAAGAAGAAGGAUGACCUCUGUGAUGAUGAGCAAGAGGGACAGGAUAUAUUGCUUAUACAAGACCUGGAAGAUUCAUGGGAGCAGGCAUUCCUAAAGUUCAAACCUGGAGAUCGUAUAACAGAAGCCGAUAAAAAAAAUGAUCGAACUUCAUUGCAUCGGAAGCUAGACAGAAACCUUGUCCUGUUAGUCAGAGAGAAAUUUGGAGAUGAGGAUGUUUGGUUGCUACCCCAGGUAGAGUGGCAGCCAGGGGAGACCCUCCGAGGCACAGCCGAGCGAACACUGGGCACUCUCUCAGAAAACAACAUGGAAGCCAAGUUCCUAGGAAAUGCACCCUGUGGCUACUACAAGUUCAAGUUCCCCCAGGCUGUGCGGACAGAGAAUAACCUUGGGGCCAAAGUAUUCUUCUUCAAAGCACUACUAUUAAAUGGAGACUUUUCCCAGGCCGGGAAGAAGAGCCAUCAUGUGUGGGUCAGCAAGGAGGAGCUGGGUGACUAUUUGAAACCGAAAUACUUGACCCAGGUCAGGAAAUUUCUUUUGGACCUCUGAUGGACUGAGCUGCCUGAGAUGAUCCUCAGACAAGCUGGGCCUCAAGGACUUGCGUGUGGUCCCCUCACAUGUGCAGGGGAAGUUGAGCAGCAAACUGAGUUUGAAGAAUUAAAUGAAUCUGUCCUGUG